AUGGGCCGACCCAGCCACCUAAUCGUCACAGGCGCGGUCACCUCCGGUUGCGCCCAUGUGGAGGUCCUGGGACCACACCGUCAUGGUGACUCACCCAGUGAAUGUCAUCAGGACGAACUGGUCUCCACCCAGUCAUCGAGCCGAAAUGAGGGCGCACCCGCCACCGGUAUCGCCCUCAGGCCGGCCCGUGUUGCGUGCCAGGAGCACUUGGUCACAAAGGCGCCAUAUCGGGCCCCCAGGUCGACCUGGGGGCUGUGGCGCCACUGGGGCGAUCUAACUUUUAUCGAUUCGCCCCGCUGUGUACCAGUUGGAACCGUUCAAAUAUGCAUUCAUGUUGACAAUCGAAUAACGCCACCCGAAAAAUCCAAGCUUAUCGACAAAGGUAUUCUCCCGGCGUCGUCCCCGCCGCGAGACGCUCAUGAUCUCCCGGUCGGGGCAGCGAGCUUGUACUUCGCAUGGGCUUGUCCGCCGGGAGCCAGCGGAGUGAGCUCGCCCAACAUGAGCUUGGUUGCAACAUAG